AAAAAAUUACGGCCGCUCUCGUCGUUGGUAGCGUAGUAAAUCGUGAUCGUAAAACCACGAUCGACGAACAGCCUUAAUCGUCUUGGGUUGCGAUGAAAUCGUAUUAAAAGUUCACGCUCCACGAUUUUUCACACCGCUGUUAUAGCGCGUAUUUGUUCUCGAUCGAUAACAGUGAAACGGUAAAAAUAUUAAUUAUUUGAAUGCUUUUGAACUCUGCGAAGGACGUGUUGAAGGAUCUAUGUUGAAUAGAAAAUGAAUUGUCAUUUAUCUCUCGUCGAAUCUACGUAAAACGGUACGCGGUAUCGACAUAAUCGAGAUAGCGAUCAUAAUUGCCAGUGUUCGUCGCAUGCUACGAUCCGUUAUAAGAAUAUGUUGCUGCGUUGUGUUUGCACAUGGGCCACGUGAUGGAAGACAUCGUUCACAUUUUAUGUCUCUAACCUAAAAGCACGAAGCUUUCAAAUCCGAGAAUGUAGAUAUUAAUUUCGAAGAGACAAUGUCGUAUCAAAAUUCACCAUUUUCAACGAUGUACGCCCAAGAAGACUUUGACAUUGACGAAGAUAAUGAAGAAUACGUCGAGGAAGAUCGUGACGCGGAGGAGCAGGACGACAGCGAUGAAGAUACGGAAGAAGCUAGCGAGACCGACAUGGGAAAAUCUGAAGAAUACACAGAGAUAAAGGAACAGGUAUAUCAAGAUAAAUUAGCCAAUUUAAAGAAGCAGUUGCAACAACUGAAGGAUGGCACUCAUCCCGAGUAUAAUCGCAAACUGAAACGAUUAGAAGCACAAUACAAAGAGAGGUUGCGUCUAAAUAUAAUCUAUAGAGAUUAUUUAACGGAAUGGGUCGAAAGGGAUUACAUACUCGAGAAGAAAGCAGCUGCUAAAGAAUUCGAGGAAAAGAAAAUAGAUUUGAAAGAAAACUUAUUAACGGAUAUGGAAGAAAAAAGAAAGAUGAUAGAAUCCGAUCGUCAUACGAUGGAACUUACAGGGGAUUCAAUGGAGGUAAAGCCAGUAAUGACGAGAAAAUUACGUAGACGACCGAAUGAUCCAGUACCCGAAAAAGUUGAGAAACGUAGAAAACCGCCUCCGGCACAAUUGAACUAUCUAUUGGAUGAAAAAGAAAUAGAAAGCGAUUUGAAAGCUAUUAGCCGGGGUAAAAUCUUAACGACGAUAAGGAAACCAGUACUUCCGCAUUACAAUACAGUAAACAUACAAUCUCAGCAUAUUUCGCCAUCUACCGACACGUCUCUAGUGGAAACAAGGAUAGAAGGUGGAAAACUCCUAUAUGAAAGAAGAUGGUUCCAUCGUGGGCAACCGGUAUAUGUAGAGGGACAAGACUUGACAAGAUUUGCGGCAAACAUAUCGGCAAUUGGAACGGAAGCUAUAUGGGUGAAAAAGAUCUCGGAUGGAAGCAAAGUUAGGAUUUACAUAUCACAACUGAGUCGUGGCAAGAUUUCUAUAAAACGACGAGCAUCGUAAUUCUCCAACUAUUAAUGGCAUUUACAUACAUCAUUCUAUAAUUUUAAUUGUCAAAUAACGAUCAAACUUGUGAUAUAUUAGAUUUAUAGUUUAUUGAAGUUCUAUUCUGCAAAGGCAAUGUAAUUUUCACUGCGCUCGUUUUCUGCCACCAAUAGAACCAAAUUUUUUGAUGAUUUUGAACUGCCAUGUAUAUCCAUAGAAAAUAUGAGAAAAUUAGUAAUGCCAUCAUUACUAGCAAAGAAUAAGUAGUCCAUCGUGCUGGGGGAAAAUUAUUAUAAUUAUUCAUUGCGUAAAAAUCAGCACCAACCACGCAAAUGUAUGAACAUAUUAUAGUCACUGGUGUGACAAUGAUACAGCGAAGUAAAUCUGUUCUCAAAUUGCGCAUGUAUAAUUGACGUUGAUGUUGACUAACGCACAACCAAAUAAUAAUAGAUGUAAUAGCUUUAUAACGUGGUGUGCGUUCAACUUGAAAUACGUGUCCACACAAUUCGCAACUAUUUCUAUUGCUUUCCUCUAACCAAUGUUCCAAACAUUUGACAUGAAUAGCACCCAUUGUUCCCUAUAAAUAAUAUAUAUAUUUCAGAAAUUUCACAUACGAGCAACGUAUCUAUUUUUCUAUAAUUAAUAAAAUUCGAACAGACGAAAGAAUUGUGUAAAAAAAUUAUUUGGAUCGUAUGUAACUUUGUAAGACAUAAGUUUACAUAUUCAAUUACGUUCUCUCCUAUGCUCAAAUAUAAGUUAUAUAUUUAUAAAAUCCAAUGGGUUGCAGCCCAAUAAUAUGUAUUAAAUGAUGAUAUAAAUAUUAUAAUUAUUUUUUAUGUA